UUGUUAUGUUGAUGAAUUUUCUUCUAUUCACAAUUUUACCACCUUUCUCAAAGGAAUUACAAAUAAUGCAAAGGUUUAUAGCAAGAAAAUUCUACCACUUUCAAUCUUAGUCAUUCAAAGUAUUCAAGAUUUUACUGAAAACUAUGUUCUUAUAGAUUUUGAUGAAUUUAAAAAUAAAAUUAAUGGAAUUGCUAAUAAAGCCAACAAAUCCUAUGAAGAGACCCGUUGUAUAGAGAAACUUUACAAUGCAAUUCUUGAAAGCUUCAAAACUAAACAAGAUAAUAAAGAUGCUAAUCGUGCGAUUAAAAAGGAUAAAGAAUCAAAAUUGGCUGCUGCUGCUGCAUGUCUCAUUCGAGAUGUUCUUAAAACUUCAAUUGAAAAUUUUGUAACUGCUUUAACAAAAAUUGAAAGCUUUUUUGCCAUCCUUAAAUGUGAACUAUCCUAUCUUGCUCAUAACCCUGAUGAAUCUGAAAUUAAAAAGCACUAUGAUAAAUGUAAUAAGGGGAUAAAAACUAUUAUUGGGGAAUGUAAAUAUUUUAUCGGCAUGAUUCUUGAUUGUCAAGCUAACCUUGAGGUGAUCCCUGACAAAGUUAAUGAAAAUUAUGUUGAGCAAUGGGUCUUAAAGAAAACUAGUCAAGAUAGACAAACAAUAUCUUUAUUGGAAUCG